AGCAGCAAUGGCCCAGACCAAAAUCAUGUGAUUUGAUAGUAGUUUUGUUACUAAGCUAAAGGAGCGAAAGCGUUCAGUCCUCCAGCGCCUGUUAGAAAACACUAAAGAUCCAGAGAAAUGCCAGAUUUAUAAUGCCCGUCAUUAUACAAAUUAAUCGACUGUUCUACUUGAUGGCUCCUUUUAUGCGAAGUACAUAUAUGUUAAAUGUAGUUUUAAGUAUUUAGAUUAGAUUCCAGACGUAGUAGGCGUUCAAACAUAUAAUGUUUUGGUAUAUUUGUACACUGAUCCAGUGCUUCACUAAUUUCCCGCCCCUACAUAGAACUACAAACCCCAGACUGGUCCAUAUAGAUACCAGAUUUACGACAGCAGCCAUAGAACUAUUUUUGGUCUCCAAGAACAUCAUGUGAUUCGUCUGUUGGUUUUUUGUUUUGUUAUUGACCAAAGAUCGCGUUGAGGGAGCAAAAUAUCCGGCAAGAAUCGCAUAAGUUACAGCGAAAUGUUGAGACUUAUUUGUUUAUUUGUACACUGCUUCAGAGCUCCAAUGCCGACUUCCCGGCUGGGCUCUUUGUGUUUAUUAAUUAAUUUCACUCGUAAAAAUCGUAAACCAAACAAGCCAAAGUUGUGCCGGGGGGUACCUGCUCUACACGGCUAACGACAAUCGGGUACUACAAUUACAAUUGCAAUCCGACGAGCGGGCAAAUAAAUAUUUAUGGAUGGCUAAACACAGUCGCCCACAGUGCCAGCCACAAGUGUUUGUCCCCACGAGCUAAAAGUGCAAUGGAGUCGAGCCUUUGGUGGUUUGACAGUUGCCAUGACCCUCACCCAAAUGGGUUCCCAUUUUAAGGGUUUGCGGGCCUGCGGUUGGGUUAUCCUUCGCCUGGUUGCCACCUUAUCCAGCCGCACGUGGUGCAACACAACAGGUCGCUAUCUCUCGACGGGGUCGUAAAUGCCAUAGUAAAAUGCCCAAUGCUGGCUCUCCACCAACAAAAGCUUGCGGUUUCAUUCCGUUUGGGCCUUUAUUUCAUCGACGGCCGGCAGACGGUGAAGACGUGUUCCAACGUCCGACGCCCCAUAGAAUAUAUCGCUUGAAUCUCAAGAGUCCCGAUUAGUGGCAACUUAUCAGUUUGGAGUGAUUAGAUGUGCGAUUAGGGUUCCGUCGGGGAAACCAGUCUAACACGUGCCCCCUUUAACCCGUCAUCUGCAAUGGCUACUUUGGGCGCCUGGGAUUACACGAUCCUGGCGGUGGUGCUGGUCAUCUCCGUGGCGAUUGGCAUCUACUACCGUUUCGUGGGCGGCAAGCAGAGCACCACCACCGAAUACCUUCUGGCGGAUCGCUCCAUGAACGUGGCGCCCGUGGCCUUUAGCCUGAUGGCCAGUUUCAUGUCGGCCGUCACAAUAUUGGGCGUAUCCAUGGAGAACUACCAGUACGGCACCAUGUUCGUUCUGAUCAACCUGUCGUAUGUGUUGUCCACACCGGUGGCCGCCUACCUCAUCAUUCCGGUCUUCUAUCGCCUAAAGACGGCCAGUGUGUACGAGUAUCUGGAACUGCGGUUUGGCUAUGCCACCCGAUUGGCCGCCUCGCUGAGUUUCUCGCUCCAGAUGGUCCUAUACAUGGGCAUUGUGGUCUAUGCGCCGGCUCUGGCCCUGGAAGCUGUCACUGGACUGAACCAGGUCUUCUCCAUCGUAAUUGUUGGAGUCGUGUGCACCUUCUAUGCGACGCUCGGCGGAAUGAAGGCCGUACUCAUCACGGACAUCUAUCAGUCGCUCCUCAUGUUCGCCGCUGUCUUCAGCGUAAUCAUCUGUGCCUGGGUGAAAGCAGGCAGCUUGGAAGUGAUAUGGCGCGUGGCGCAGGAAAAUGGACGCAUCGAUCUGACCAACUUUAGUGUGGAUCCCACGGAACGUCACACUUGGUUCACCCAGAUUCUGGGCGGAAGUGCCACCUAUCUGGCCAUCUAUGGUGUGAAUCAAACGCAGGUCCAGCGCCUGAUGGCGGUGAAGAGUUUGAGUGCUGCUCGAGCGGCCCUGUGGUGGUGCCUGCCCAUUCUGUGCCUGCUUAGCCUGAGCACCUGCUUCUCCGGUCUGUGCAUCUACUGGUACUACCGCGACUGUGAUCCGCUGCUGGAGGGCAGAGUCAACUCGCGCGAUCAAGUGAUGCCGCUCUUUGUCGUGGACACGAUGGGCGAGUACACCGGCUUGGCCGGCCUCUUCGUUUCGGGAAUCUUUUGCGCCAGCCUCUCCACGAUUAGUUCGAUAAUCAGCUCGCUGGCGGCCGUCACCCUGGAGGAUUACCUCAAGCCCUUGGUCAGCUGCUGCGCCAAACGCACGCUCACCGACCGCCAGACCUUGUGGUACUCCAAGCUGUUGUCCCUGUUCUUCGGAGCCCUCUGCAUUGGCAUGGCCUUCAUGGCGGGAUCAAUUGGCGGACUACUGCAGGCGGCACUGUCAAUCUUCGGCAUCAUUGGAGGCCCUCUGCUGGGCCUCUUCACGCUGGGCAUGUAUGUGACCAAGGCGAAUGAAAAGGGAGCCAUUGGUGGGCUGCUCAUAUCGCUGGCGUUCUGCUUUUGGAUCGGCUUCGGGCAACCGAAGCCACCGCUGGUCAGCUUGGAUAUGUCCACGGCUGGAUGUCCGGUGGACAGGAGCUUCCCCCGCGACAUUUUCCUCAAGACUGCUACAACGGUGGCCGAAGAAGAAGAGCAUUUCUUUUACCUGUACAGGAUCAGCUACAUGUGGUACGCUGCCCUGGGCUUCCUGAUAACCUUCUUUGGCGGAUGGCUGCUGUCCUGGCUGUUUGCCCUGCUCAAAUGGGACAACAAUCGACGCAUCUACCAGGAUGCAGACUGCACGCUAAUCAAGCACGAUCUCUUCGUGCCGCCGAUAGCCAAACGCUUGCAACGGCGACAAAUGCCGCUCCUGGUGGUCACCGGCACCAGUUCGGAGAUUGGCGGCAUCACGACAGAGAGUGCUAUGGCGCCGCCGCGGCUGGACGAGAUCGAGUGGGAGAAACACAAGGCAGUUGCGUAGCUGAACAUCACUUUUGUAGUUUCUUCUUUUUUUCUUUUGUAGCGCCGUUUUGACCUUAGUUACUUCCAUUAGCUGAAUGAAAUGUUGGUUAUAAGACCAUAUCACUGCAAAAAAUAACUACUUUGCUGUACAAUAAUACGGUUUAGUUUAUUUGCAUUUCUAUACGAGUCUAAAAAUGAGGCACACUAUAAUUUGAAAGAAUUGCUGCUGGAGCUACAAUGUUCCUUAUAAUGUUCUAACGAAAGUCAGGUCGGAGAAUAUCAUAUAGUUGCCAUAGUAUGUAUAUCUGCAUGGGUCAUCCCACUUGGUUCUCCGAGGAGCGUACUACUAGCCUUUUUCUCUUGUCACACAAAAUACAUAUAUAUUAAGCGAACUUUGGCUUUAAAUAAACGAGCUUACUCAUUAAGCAACUAAAUUAA